GUGUGAUAGAGUACCCACGAAAGUGCUACGCUAAAAUGCGUAUUGGAGGUACUGGCAAGACCUGCUAUGGGAUCCCAACCAUGUCUCAGUUAAUGGUUGGGUUUCUGCACCAAAAAUUGGGACUGGAAAAUUUAUUUUAUGGACUGUUGAAUUUGUUUUUUAAUAAUUCCUUUUGUUUUGCAGUUAACUGGGUCGACCACAGCAAGACCUUGAGAGAGCAAGGCAUUGAUGAGACGGAAAUAUUACUGCUGCGGAGAAAAUAUUUCUUCUCGGAUCAAAACAUCGAUUCCAGAGAUCCGGUUCAGUUGGGUCUGCUGUAUGUUCAGUGCCGGGACGCCAUCAUUGACGGAACUCAUCCGGUGACAUUAGAACGUGCUUGUAGGUUUGCUGGCAUCCAGUGUCAGAUACAAUUUGGUGAUCACGUUGAAGCUAAGCAUAAGGCUGGCUUCCCCUAA